CUGUCUUGCGCACUCUUAAUGUCGAUGAAACAGUCGAUGAACUGGGCUUUCAUGUUAAAUUGGGCAUUGAGAUGGGUCGUAGAUUAAAAAAUGUUAGAGAAAGGCUCAAUUCUGUAUGUAGUGAGAAGUCUAACUUUCAUUUGGAAGAGAGCAUAGAUAGCAAGAUGGAGAUGGUGGAGAGAAAAACUAGUUCCUUGGUUGAUGAAACGGAGAUUAUUGGUAGGACUCCAGAUAAGGAAAGGAUCAUACGCUGGUUGUUAAAUGAUAUUAAUCAUGUCAGUAAUGACAUUCCCGUCAUUUCUAUAAUUGGUUUAGGGGGAGUAGGAAAGACUGCUCUCGCUCAAUUAAUAUACAAUGACCAGCGAGUUAUUGGGCACUUCUCGAAAAUGAUGUGGGUCCAUGUUUCAGAUAAUUUUAAUGAGACUAAGAUUUGUAAUGCAAUUAUUGAAGCGGUGGAGGGUCGGCCUCCUGAUUUCUUGGAAUGGCAAAUGGUGCAAAAUCAUCUACGGAAUGUCUUGAAAGGAGAGCAAUAUUUUCUUGUGCUUGAUGACAUCUGGAAUGAAGAUGAAGACAAGUGGGAUAAAUUGAGGCUUCCUUUGAAAGAUGGGGAUAUUGGAAGUAGAAUUUUGAUCACCACUCGCAAUGAAACCGUCGUAAAAACUAUGCGAGCUACGAAGUGGCAUGAACUGGCACCCCUAUUAGAAAGCGAUUCUUGGUCAUUGUUCAGUCACAUUGCUUUUCGGGAAAGAAAAACAGAGGAAUGUGCAGAGUUUGAAGAAAUUGGCAAAGAAAUUGCAAGAAAGUGUGACAGAAUACCUCUUAUUUUAAAGAGAAUAGCAAAUGUGUUGCGUUUCCAGAGGACGAAAAGGGAGUGGGAGCUUGUGUUGGAGAGCGAAACAUGGGAUUUUCCAAAUGUUACGAGAGGCAUUGUACUAGACCUUCAAUUAAGCUAUGAAAAUAUGCCCCCAUACUUGAAGCGUUGCUUUGCCUUUUGUUCUGUAUUUCCAAAGGAUCAUGUUAUAGAGAGGGAGACAUUAAUCAAGUUGUGGAUGGCCCAGGGCUUUCUUCCAGAAGAAAGUGCAGCGAUGGAAUGUAUAGGCGAUGGGUAUUUUUACGAUUUACUAGGGCGAUCCUUGUUUGAUGCUCCAAUUACAGAUUCCUUUGGCAAUAUCAUGCACUGUAAGAUGAUGGAUAUUGUUCAUGACUUCUUCCAAACUGUCAUGAGAGAAUGCUAUAUCAUGAACAAGAAAUUUUCCAAAAACAUCCCCCUGCAUGUGCGCCAUGUCUCAUUGAAAUGCAGUAAAAAGUUAUCUUCAAUUCCGGGAAACUUGUGCAAAGCCAAGAAUCUGCGCACGCUCCUGUUCAUUGGGUGGUCAAGAUUCACUGUGCUCACUGUGCUGCCUGAUGAUUUUUUUGAAAAUUUCAGGUGCCUCAGAGCAUUAGAUUUGAGUGGUACAAAAUGUUCUCAUCUUCCAGAGUCCUUGAAGAAGUUGAAACUUUUAAGAUACCUUAACUUAUCUGCCACUGAAGUUGCGUCGCUGCCUGAUUUCAUAUGCGGACUAUAUUUGUUGCAAACCUUGAAACUUAAUGCGUGCGGCAAACUGACUGAACUUCCCAAAGAGAUGUGGAAACUUGCGAGGCUAAGACAUCUGGAAAUUGAAAAUACCCGGAAAUUGCAGGCUUUACCCCAUUGGAUUGGGAGAUUAGAAACUUCCCUUAGAACAUUGUCAAAGUUUAUUGUUGGGGAAGGGAUAGAAUGCAGGAUUGGGGAACUUAAAAACCUCAAUCUCCUCCAAGGAAAGUUAGCAAUAUACCAUUUGGAGAGGGUGUUAAAUGAGGGUGACGCCAAGGAAGCAGAACUAAUGAAUAAGAAACACCUUCGCCGUUUGGAAUUGUAUUUUGUUUCCCGGCUCAAGAGACUGAAAAAAUUGCCUCGAGAUUCACGGAUCAUGAUUUUGGAAAAGAUCGAUGAGGGCGUGUUGGAAGGCCUUCGGCCCCAUACAGAUCUAGAAGAGCUGAAUAUAUCAGGUUACAUGGGAUUGAAAUUCCCAGGAUGGAUGGAAGAUGCAUCGUUGUCCAACCUAGUUAAUGUGACUCUUCGUGACUGCCAUGACUGCAUAAAACUACCAGCACUUGGGACACUACCAUCCCUUAAAUACCUUACCAUAGUAAAAAUGGCUAAGGUGGAAUUCAUCAGUCCGGAGUUCUACGGGAAGAACGAUAGUGGAGAUGUAACAGGUGCAGCUGCAGCAUUCCCCAACUUGGAGACACUCGUUUUGGAUGGAAUGUAUUCUUUGAGGGAGUGGGUUGGAAGUGAAGAUGGAGGAAUGCCUUCUCUCCUUGAACUACGUAUUGCAAAUUGCCCCAUGUUAAUGAAAGUGCCCUUAUUCCUUCAUGGUAAAUUGUGGAAAGUAGAUAUUGAAUUACCAAGCAAAUACUGGACAUCGUGCAUUUCAGAAUCUGUCGAGUGUUUGAUUGUAGACGGCAUCAGUGGCAGUCUUAUGUCCUUCAGAAACAACAUUGAGCCCUACAUCAGAGACAUCGAUAUGAUCCACCUGCCGUUAUCUUGGAACCUCAAGUACCUGGUGAUUAAAAACUCACCAUACUUUGAGUUUCCCGUUGGGAUACAAAAACUCCCUGGGCUCCAGAUACUCCACGUUACAGACUGCUUGAGACUGACACAUCUGCCUAAAGAGCUCAAAGACCUCCGUAACCUUCGUCAACUGAAGGUCAAGUGCUGUCCGAAUUUAGAACAUUGGUGUAAAAAAUAUGCUGAGGACGAUCAGCAACUAGCAAUGUCACACAUCCCUAAUAUCUGGAUCGGUAACCGAGAGAUCAAGCGAGAUGGGCAAGAUAUCGCUGGACAUGCAAGACCUUUUGCGGUGGUUUGAUCAAACACAUUGAACAAAAUUGAAGUAUCUAAUGCAAGAAGAAGGUUUGCCAUGGCUAAUUGAUUUUUCUCCUCAAAUUAUCUUAUUUUUCAUUUCUUCAUGCUUCUUUUCCCUUUCUUGAAUCACAAUUGCACAUCUUUCCUUCACUAAUUGCAAAACAAAUGGCAACAUAAAUCUCAUGCUAAAAGAUUUCUCAACCUUUAACUCUGAUACCAAUUGUUGCGGAAAAAUACCUGCACAUGAUUAAUGUAAGCGAAGUUAAAACACAAAAGAAAAUGUCUAAAGAAAAGCGAGAAAAAAAUAUGACGCAUAAGAAUUUACAUAGUUCAACAAUAUACCCACUCUACUGAAAAUGUUGAUGGGCCUAGUAGAUUUAAUGCCCACUCUCCCCCAUGUAUUACUUGGUUAGUUUUAGACACGCCCACUGUGCGACUAUGCUUUAUCAGGCCAACAUACUGUACGAUGCUAGCUAUUCCAUGUCAACCACCCAAGGAAAUUGACAAGGGGGUGAAUGUGAUGAGGUUGAUCAUCGUCUUCUUCAAGGGGAUAACUACUCCAAAUCCACGAAGCUUCAAGACUCUUUACAGAGAUUCCUCGAAUCCACGAGGAAAAAUAAGAAAAUAGAAAUAAAUUCUAAGAAAUUCAAGAUUGAUUGAUUGAUUUAUAAUAAAAAAGAAUUUACAACCCUUUAAAUAGUGAUACCAAACCUUGGAAGAAGUUUCCGAAUCAAACUCCCUAAAAUUCAUAAUUACCAAAAAUAGUAAAAUUCUAACUCUAAUAAAAUCCUAAUUCCAUUAAAAAAUUUUAAUGCCUAAUUUCUAAAAAUAAAAUUUUCAAAUAAACUUAUGCUAGAAGAGUCCUAGCUGAUUACAAAUUAUUUUAAAAAAAAAAGAAGAAAAUCUAAAAGUCUAAAAAUAAGAAAUUAAUAAUAAAAUUUUAGAAACUACUAAAAAUAGUUUUUUUUCCAUAAAUUUUCGUUUUUGAGUUGAAACCGUGCUUUUUUUGGUGAAACAGACAGACACGACCCACGGUUUACUUCAGAUGGCCCUUUUCAGUAAAGAUUGAUAAGUUGUGCGCCCCGUAACUAUAGCCAGAUCAAAAGUUAAUUAUGGUCAAUUUAUGGUUCACCUUAUUUUGAUCCAAUCAUGCUAGGAAUAUAUUUAUGCCACUUUCUAUAUCAAAAACUUGAACGGAAUGGAUGACUCCGAUAAGUAGUAUACUUACAUAAAUACAAAAUAUGCUCAAAUUCAUUCCAAAGUUAUUUCCUACUAAGUCUACUCUUGCCCCACGUCUUAAGAUGCCACUUGUGUGCAUUGGCCGGUCAUCAUAAGCACGUCUACUACUAUGACAACGCAUGUUGAAAAAAUGUAGAUGCUUGCCAUGUUGGUACUAAUGGGGUAAGCAAGCAUAUCAUC